UCCUGAUUGGUCCGUUGCUCUUCGUGUCUCGGGACGCGUCCGCUUUAUAGAGUCACCUUGCUGCUCUUGCUGCCGCCGCUGAGACAGGGAGAACGCAGGCGGAAAGCUCGGCCCAAAGGCACACAGGCAGGCGGGCGGCAGAAAUCUGAACGCAGACUCUGCGGCCACUGACCGAUCGGGGGAAACAUGGCGGAUGCGAAGCCCAAGACCUCCCCGAAGGCCAUCAAGUUCCUGUUCGGGGGGCUGGCUGGGAUGGGCGCGACCGUCUUCGUGCAGCCGUUGGACCUGGUGAAGAACAGGAUGCAGCUGAGCGGUCAGGGGACGAAGGCUCGAGAGUAUAAAACCAGCUUCCACGCCUUGUUCUCCAUCCUGAGAAACGAGGGCGUGCGAGGCAUCUACACCGGUCUGUCAGCUGGUCUUUUGCGUCAGGCGACCUACACGACGACCCGUUUGGGAAUCUACACCAUCCUGUUUGAGAAAAUGACCAGCAGUGACGGCCGGCCGCCGAACUUCUUCCUCAAGGCUCUGAUUGGUAUGACAGCUGGAGCCAUCGGCGCAUUUGUGGGGACGCCAGCAGAGGUGGCACUGAUCAGGAUGACGGCCGAUGGACGGUUACCUGUAGACCAGCGGAGAGGAUACAAGAACGUUUUUAAUGCCCUCUUUCGAAUAACCAAAGAGGAAGGUGUCACUACACUGUGGAGGGGCUGCAUUCCCACCAUGGCUCGAGCGGUGGUCGUGAACGCCGCUCAACUGGCCUCGUAUUCUCAGUCCAAACAGGCGCUGCUCGACUCAGGUUAUUUUAGAGACGAUAUUCUGUGUCACUUCUGUGCCAGUAUGAUCAGUGGUCUGGUUACCACGGCAGCCUCGAUGCCCGUCGACAUCGUAAAGACCAGGAUCCAGAACAUGAAGAUGAUCGACGGGAAGCCAGAGUAUAAAAAUGGUUUGGAGGUGCUGGUUCGAGUGGUGGGGAAGGAGGGCUUCUUCUCUCUGUGGAAAGGUUUCACUCCGUACUACGCCCGCCUCGGCCCGCACACCGUCCUCACCUUCAUCUUCCUGGAGCAGAUGAACCGCCUCUACAAGACCUACGUCCUCGACGUUUAGCCCACGCACACAGACAGGCACACACAGUGUUUGAAUUCUUUCUGUAAAGAGAAAAAUGUAAAUUAAGUGUAGUUCAGACAUCAUUCACAGAUGUUUUGAGUAAUUAAGUCUUAUUUGUAGAAACCCUGCUCCACUGUCUCCCCAAGAACACACAGCAUCAUGAUGGGUAACCAUGGUAACAAUCAUGGCUGAGCAGACUCGUGGUUGAAUAAAGACUUUUGA